AGGGACAGAUCAAAAGCAAGUUGUUUCCCCAAAUGCUGAUCCUUCUUCCCCCUCCUUGGAGGAAAAUUCGAAGAGCAGUUCUAGAAGCAGUGAUCAUGAAAAUUUGGAUCAGGAGGUUUUUGAAAAGGAUGCUAAUUGUAGAAAUAUAGUUAUGGAUGCUCAAACAAACCGUAAUGUAAGUGCUUUUGACAUCUAUUCAAGCAACGCAUCAUCUCUAGAUAGUAAUGGCAUUGUGGACAAGAAUCCAGGCUCUGUAAACUGUGCUGGUUCGGAAAUCAACGACAAGUUAAGUGAGAGAUGUGAGGAAGAUGACAAAUAUCAUGUGAAGGAGGGGGAAAGUGAUAAAUGUUACUAUAGUUCGGCUGAGGACCAGCAUGGAAAUGAAAUGUUUCAUUCUGAUAAACCAUAUCAUGUAGAAGAUGAAUCAGUGGCUCAAGGUGCCAAAGAUCAAGUUUUAUUGAGUAAUGGUACAUAUUCUUUAGGUGGGUCAGAUAUUGGUAUGAAAAGCCAUAUUCUGAAAAGUGAUAGAUUAAAGAAUGUGAAGUCUGUAAGGUCACCAGCAGACUCAGCUAGGAGUGUUGGGUCACUUAGUAACAAUCAUCACACGGAAGUAAAUGAAAAUGGCAUUAAUGAAGAUGCCCAAAACAGUGGAGGGAACAUCAGAAGCAUUGACAAGAAAGAUGCUAAGAUUUAUCCUAGGGAAGCCAGAAAUGCCAUUUUAGAAAGAAAAAUUGAGCAUUUGGAAAACAAGACAAAGAUGCUUGAAGGAGAGUUAAGAGAAGCUGCUGCUAUUGAGGCUGCUUUAUAUUCGGUAGUUGCUGAGCAUGGAAGCUCCAUGAGUAAGGUUCACGCCCCGGCUCGGCGCCUUUCCAGGCUCUACCUUCAUGCUUGUAAAGAAAAUCUUCAAGCAAGAAGGUCUGGGGCGGCUAAAAGUGCUGUUUCAGGAUUAGUACUUGUUGCAAAGGCAUGUGGAAAUGAUGUCUCGAGGUUAACAUUCUGGUUGUCUAAUUCUAUUAUGUUGAGAACAAUUAUAAGCCAAACCAGCAAAUAUCUGACACUAUCAAAUACUGCCGUACCUAGUACACGAAGGACGACUGGUGAAGGGAAUGGCAAGAUUGUACAACCAUUAAUAUGGAAAGGGUUCUCUCCUAGGAAAAGCGAAAAUAUAGCAGUUGAAUAUGGAGGCUUUAGUAACUGGGAUGACCCAAACGUGUUCACAGCAGCUCUGGAGAAGGUGGAAGCUUGGAUCUUCUCUCGCAUUGUGGAAUCUAUUUGGUGGCAGUCUCUGACUCCACAUAUGCAGCUUGUUGAUGCAAAGGUCACUCAUAAGGAUGUAGGUUCUGCCUCAAAGGAAAGCUCUAGAAGGAUGUCUAGCUCAUGUGAUCAAGAGCAGGGAGAUUUAUCACUAGAUAUUUGGAAGAAUGCUUUUAGAGAAGCCUGUGAAAGGCUUUGCCCUAUCCGAGCUGGAGGGCAUGAGUGUGGCUGUCUGUCUGUGCUUCCUAGAUUGAUAAUGGAGCAGUGUGUGGCGAGAUUAGAUAUUGCUAUGUUCAAUGCCAUUCUUCGUGAAUCUGCUGAUGACAUCCCAACUGAUCCUGUGUCUGAUCCCAUUAGUGAUCCCAAGGUUCUCCCCAUUCCACCUGGUAAAUCAAGCUUUGGAGCUGGUGCACAACUAAAAUCUGCGAUUGGUAACUGGUCUAGAUGGCUGACUGACCUAUUUGGUAUUGAUGAUGAUGUCUCACUUGAGGAUAGAGAUGAUGACCUUGAUAACAAUGAUGGAAAUCAAAAUGCAUCCUUCAAGUCCUUUCAUCUUCUUAAUGCACUGAGUGACCUCCUGAUGCUUCCUAAGGAUAUGCUCCUGAGUGAAUCCAUCAGGAAAGAGGUAUGCCCAAUGUUUAGUGCAUCAUUAAUCAAGAAGAUUCUAGAAAAUUUUGUCCCAGACGAGUUUUGCCCUGAUCCAAUUCCCACUGCUGUUUUUGAAGCUCUGGACUCACAGGAUGAUCUCAAGGAGUCUGUCAACAACUUCCCAUGCAUUGCUGCUCCCAUUGUGUAUUCUCCUCCACCAGCUACUACCAUUGCAAGCAUUACUGGGGAGAUUGGAAGUGAAUAUCAGCUGAGAAGAAGCAGAUCUUCUGUUGUCAGGAAGUCAAACACCAGUGAUGAUGAGCUUGAUGAAUUACACUCUCCAUUAUCUUCAAUUUUAUUUUGUGGCUCAUCCUCACCAGUAUCAAUAAAACCCAACUGGAAGUGGAAAGAAAGUCAAAAUGAAUCUGCAGUCAGAUAUGAACUCCUUAGGAAAGUGUGGAUGGACAGCGAGUGACCUUGCAGAAAUCUGAUUUUACCCUCAUCCUGUAACGUUUCUUGGAUGUCACUGUAAAGAGAAAAAAGUAUAUAUAUAUAUACUCUAGGUUUUGCAGAACAGAAACGCGUUAGUAUUAAAAAGCGAGAUGGUGAAAUUGGAAUGCAAGUAAUAAUACAG